GAAGACUGCCCUGCAGAACUUUACUCCGAUACUGCACCAACAUCCAGGACGACAACAUGGUGUCUCUCCGCACCCUUCUCGCCGGCAGCAUCCUCGCCAUCGGCGCACUGGCAGCAUCUCUCGAGAAGCGAGCCGUCAACCCUGGCGUAGUCAAAGGCGAUACUUUCAUUCACGAUCCAACAGUCGUCAAGAAGCCCGAUGGCACCUAUCUUGCCGCAUUCACAGCCAACGGCAUCGGUCUGAAGACCUCCACCGACCGCACCACCUGGAAAGAUGUCGGAGCUGCCUUCCCAAACGGCGCCGCUUGGACAACCACUUACACCAAAGGUGACAAGAACCUAUGGGCGCCCGACCUAUCCUACCACAACGGCCAAUAUUACAUGUACUACUCGGCAUCCAGCUUCGGCACCUCCAGGUCCGCCAUCUUCCUUGCCACGAGCAAGACCGGCGCCUCUGGCUCAUGGACCGACGCCGGCCGUGUCAUCGAGUCCUUCGACAACAGCAAUUUCAACGCCAUCGACCCGAACCUCUACGUCGCAACCGACGGUAAAUGGUGGCUUUCCUUCGGCUCCUUCUGGGGCGGCCUCAAACUUGUCGAGCUCAACCCUUCAACUGGAAAGCCUCUCAACGCAAACAACCUCGUCUCCAUCGCCGCCCGCCCCAACGCCGGCGGCGCGAUCGAGGCGCCUGUCAUCACCAAGCACGGCAACUACUUCUAUCUCUGGGCUGCUUUCGACAAGUGCUGCUUGGGUGUCGAUAGCACUUACCGCACCAUGGUUGGUCGCUCGACGAGCAUCACUGGCCCGUACGUUGACAAAGCUGGCGUGUCGAUGAUGAAUGGUGGUGGUACGCAGCUUCUUGCUAGUCAUGGAGAUAUUCAUGGACCGGGACAUCCUGCUGUUUUCACUGAUAGUGAUGCUGACGUGCUUGUUUACCAUUAUUACAACGCGCAGGGAACGGCUCAAUUGGGCAUCAACCUUAUUCGUUACGACAAUGGCUGGCCUACUGUCUACUGAAGCGUCUGAGGUCUCAUGCUUGUGGUUAAUUGAACCAACGAGGGACACUGCAUUUGGAAGCGGGCACAGCAGGUGGUUCUGGCGCUGAAAGCACUGAGCAGAAAUGCUCCAACCAUCGUUUAGCCAUCGCAAUGU